CCGCAACGCUUCGCGCGCCUUUGCUCCGCUUGAAAGCUCCGCUCUGCUCCGAUUUGCUCCCGAAUGCGGCCCCCGAACCAAAGCGUGGUUCAAAGCGCCAGAGAAGCUUCGAAGGGCAUUCCCUUACGAUCAGAGAGCGAGCGUGAUCAAGCUAAGGGGUUCCAUUGAGCAGGAUCGCGCAACAAAACGCUGCAACUCCGUCUGAGUAUAUAUUAAACGCUUAUUCGGUCCAUACAUGGUCAAGUAUAGUUAGAACCAGGUAUAGGAUUGCAAAGAAAGUCCAGAAAUGUAGGGAACGUUUAAGUGCGACACACUGAGGUUGUAACGCUACACGGCAGUAAGGAGUCAAUAAGCGCUGACUUAUCGCAGCGCAGUGGAGAUAAGUCUAGUUAUUGCGACGUAACUGCCGUGUUGCGUUAGAGUCACGCACGGCGCAGGACGCUCGGGGAGGGCGAGGCCAUGUACGUGUUGGCUCUGCAGCGGCACUCGUGCCAGCGCGUGCUCGAGUCCGCCAGUUACAAGGUGGCGGCCAGCAAGAGCACAGCCACAACACAGCAGGGGCAGCAGCAGCAGCAGCAGCAGCAGCAGCAGCAGCAGCAGGGGCAGCAGCAGCAGGGGCAGCAGCAGCAGGGGCAGACGGCAGCUGAGGCCGCGGCGGCAGCAGAAGAGGAUGGAGGUGCUGGGGCAGGGGCAGGGGCAGCGGCGGGGCAGGGGGGAGCGGGCACGGCUGCUUCAGCGGAGGAGGUGGAGGCGGCGGCGGCGGCGGCGGCGGCGCGGGCGGCGGCUUUCCGUGGGCACUACGUUCAGGACACCCUGGCAGCGGUGACGGCGGCGCUACAGGCGGCAGAGGCCUUCGUGGCGUGGCGCAAUGCGGCUGCUGCUGCUGCGGGCCGCCUGGCCAGUCGCCUGGACCGCCUCAUCACACGGCUGCAGCUCAGCACCAAGGAGGGGGAGCUGCUGCGCUAUGUGCUGUUCAGCCAGGCCAGUCAGGAGGAUGUGGCGCCCCUGGUGGCGGUGGGCGAGGCGCGCAUGCGGGGCGUGCUGCCCGCGCCGCACGCCUUCGUGGGCAUGGCCACCCAGGAGUUCCUGGGCUUCAUGUCGGGCGAGCGCCGCCACAUCCGGGAGGGCCUGCUGCCCGACUGCUCCAAGGCUCUGCUGACGGGCAACGACUCAAUGAACACGUGGGGCGGCAUGCUGCCGCGCCCCAACCUAGCGCUGGGCCUGGAGGCCAUCAAGGCGCUCAUCGGGGACAGCCUCAGCCAGGAGGAGCUGCUCAAGGUCGACAAGACGGCCCUCAUGGAAGUUCUAGCUGAGGAGCCCGGCUUCUCACGGGAGGCGCACACCUUCGGGCUGGGGCACGGCGGUGGCACGGCGGGCGCCGCGGGUGGUGGUGGCGGUGGCGCGGACGACCCGCUAGCGGUGGCGGGCCGGGGCCUUGUGGCGGGAGGCGAGGGCCUGGACCUGUACGAGUUGAUAAAGGCCGAGGUGCGAAGAGACACCAGCGCCGCAGCUGCCGCCGCCGCCGCCGCCAUGGCUGCCGUGUCGGGGCCUCGCGGCCUAGGCGACCUGUUUGAUGACGUGGCCGCAGACGCCAAAGCCGAGGCGGAGCGGGCGGCCAAGCGGCAGCGCCUGGCGGCGGCGGCGGCUGCGGCGACGACGCCGGUCGGCGGCGAGGGCGACGGGGAUGAGGCGAUGGAGGAUGUGGAGGGUGGCGCGGCGGGCCGGGGGCCGGCGGGUGGUGUUGCGGCUGCGGCUGCGGCUGCGGCGGCGGCAGCGGCGGCGGGUGGGACGCCCAGCAAGAGCACCAAGGGCGGCAAGAAGGGCGAGCUGCGGCCGUACACGACCGACCUGGAGUACCUGGAGUCCUGCUUCAAGCUGCUCAUGACGGAGCUGCUGUGCGGCAAACACCGGAGGGUCCUCGCCAAUUCGGAGGAGGGGCAUGAUGGCCACGGCAUCCCGCCGGAGGACUACGACUACGAUUACGUCACACACCGAGGCAACGCCAAGGCUCGGGCAGCGCAGCAGGUGCGGGAGCUGGAGGGCCGCGAGAGGCUGGAGCGCAGCCGCAUUGAGGCGCGGCUGCGGCUGACGGCGGCGGCGCGGGAGGCGGACGGCCAGCCGCCCUGGCGGCCGCGGCUGGAGCGGCUGGCGGAGGCGAGGUCGCUGGCGCCCUUCGAGAAGAAGGUGCUGCUGCUGCUGGUGGGCUGCCGCGUGAGCCCCACAGUGGCCCGCACGCUGCAGGCGUGUGUGGCCACGUCCAUGUAUGCCGGCUCUGGCGGCAACCUGGCCACGGUGGGCAACCUGCUUCUGGCCUUCCAUCCCGACGACCUGGGGGAGCAGAUCAACGCACGCAAGUACUUCUACAAGAGCGGCCGACUCAUCGAGGACGGCAUCCUGACGCUGCACGGCACGGACUUCAGCAAGGACAUCAUGGAGCAGGGCGUGGACAUCGACCGCCGCAUGCUGGACUUCCUGGUGGGGCUGGACACGGAGUUCAGCGACAUGGUGGACGGCAGCCACCUGUACUUCCCGGGCUACGUGCGGCUGCGGGAUGUGGUGCUACCGGCGGAGCAAAAGCAGCUCAUUGUCGAGACGGUGGAGAACUUCUCACGCUUCAAGAAGGCGCGGGCGGCUCUGGGCAUGGCCGGCGGAGGCGGCAGCAGCAGCAACGGCAGUAGCAACAGCAGCGGCGGCGGCGGCGGCGGCAGUGGCAGCCGCGGCAACGCCCCGGGUGGGGGUCUGGUGCUGCUGUUUCAUGGCGCGAGUGGCGUGGGGAAGACGAUGAUGGCGAACGCAGUGGCGCACCAUGUCGGCAAGAAGGUGCUGCUGAUCAAUUUCCCCAGCCUGGGCCAGAACCAGGCGGGGGAGGUGGUGCGGUUCAUCUUCCGAGAGGCCAAGAUCCACGACGCCCUGCUGUUCUUCGACGAGUGCGAGGCCAUCUUUGAGGACCGCGACAAGGGCAGUCACGCCGUCAACAUGCUGCUCACGGAGAUUGAACGAUACGACGGCCUCGUGGUCAUGGCCACUAACAGGCCGCACGACAUUGACGAGGCCAUGCACCGCCGCAUCACCAUGGCCUUUGAGUUCCGCCGCCCCGACCACCUGCAGCGGCUGGAGAUCUGGAGGAAGCAGCUGCCGCCGGCCUGCAGGCUGGAGGCUGACGUGGACCUGCCAGCCCUCGCCCUCAAGUUCGAGCUGAGCGGCGGCUACAUCCGCAACGCAGUGCAGGCCGCCCUGAGCAAGGCCACCUCCCGGUGCCCGGAGGGUGUGGCGGGUCUGUCGCUGAGGCAGUCGGACCUGCAGGCGGGCGCGGCGCUGCAGCUGCGCGGCGCGCUGCGGCUCAAGGACCAGGACCGGCAGCGUGUGCCGCGGCGGGGCCUGGAUGACGUCCUGUUGCCCGCCAGCCUCAAGGAGAAGCUGGAGAAGGUGGUUCAGCAUGAGAAGGCGCGAGCGGUGCUGGUGGGGCAGUGGGGCUUCGGCAGCGGCGGGGACCUGUCCGGCACGGUGUGUUUGUUCCACGGCCCGCCUGGCACCGGCAAGACACUGGCGGCGGAGGCGGUGGGCUACGAGACCGGCCGGCCGCUCAAGGUGGUCAACUGCGCGGGCCUCGUGUCCAAGUGGGUGGGUGACACGCCCAAGAACAUCGACGCGCUGUUCGCGGACGCGCGCGCCACCGACGCCGUGCUGGUGUUUGACGAGGCCGAGGGGCUGUUCGGCAGCCGGCCCACAGAGAUGAGCUCCGCCUCGGACAGGUACGCGGCCAUGGACGUGGGCGUGCUGCUCUUCCACCUGGAGACCCACCCCGGCAUUGUAGUGCUCAUCACCAACCAGCCCGCCGCCAUUGACAAGGCCUUCCACCGGCGUAUCCGCUUCAUGCUCAAUUUCGCCAUGCCGGACGCCGGCCUGAGAGCAAAGUUGUGGCGGGCCGCGGUGCCGCAGCAGACACCACUGGCAGGCGAGGUGGACUGGAAGGCGCUGGGCGAGCGUUACGAGCUGUCUGGCGGCGCCAUCCGUAACGCCGUCAUCCGCGCCGCCACCCGCGCCGCGCUGCGGGUUACAUCUUCUGGGACCGCCGCCACCGUAACCGCUGUUGCUGGAAGCAGUGGUGGUGGUGCGGUUGCGGGGGCGGAUGCUCAGAAGCCGGCUGGGGCUGCCGAGGCGGUUGCGGAGAAGUCGACGGCGGUGAAGGGGGCGGCGGCGAAGGCGACGGGUGCGGCGGCGGCGGUUGGGGCGGCGGGUGUGAGUAUGGCUGACCUGGUGGCUGAGGCGGAUGAGGAGGUGAACCGGGGGGACGGCGAGGUGAAGCAGCAGGUGCAGGCCAUGUACAUGUGAUGAGGCGCGUGGGAGCUCUGUGUUGCUGGCGAUACAGGUUGCUCAUAAAUUCAGUGAGGUGAAAACUGUUGUUGUGUGUGGUUACAACCUGAUUGCAACGUGGAUGCAGGGGGCGGCACGGUAUGGUACGGCGCCAGGAAAGGUAGUUUUGCGUGCAGGCUGUUUGUUUAGGUGAAAGAUUCAUGCGGGGGCCUAGAGUACGGUAGAUAGAGAUGGUGUGGACGGCGCGGUGUGACGGCUGAGUGAACUCUGUCUUGUGUCCCAGCUGAGCGAGUUGCCCUGAUAGAUAGGGGCAUGGUGUGCAUGAUCAUUCAAGGGGCCAGCCACAUGCGCUGCGCCGCUGCACUGUUAGGCGUUUUAGCUGGUUGACACAUCCUUACGCGGCCCAACGCCCGAUCCCCCCUUAGUUUCCUCCUGCCUAGUGAGACCUGAGGCCCGGGCCGGAGCGGCCCUUAGCUCU